AUGGUGGACUACUACGAGGUGCUGGGCGUGCCCCGCCAGGCCUCGAUCGAGGCCAUCAAGAAGGCGUACCGCAAGCUGGCGCUCAAGUGGCACCCGGACAAAAACCCUGAGAACAAGGAGGAGGCGGAGAGGAGAUUCAAACAAGUGGCCCAGGCCUACGAGGUAUUGUCAGACGCCAAGAAGAGGGACGUCUACGACCGAUACGGCGAGGCGGGAGUGGAGGGCGGCGGUGGCGGCAGGCCCUUCGAGGACCCGUUCGAGUGCGUCUUCACCUUCCGCGACCCGGCCGACGUCUUCUGGGAGUUCUUCGGCGGCCGGGACCCGUUUUCGUCUGACUUCUUCGGAGACCCGCUUGAGAACAUUUUGGGCGGUCGGAGGAGCUCCCGCGGAAGCAGAAGCAGAGGGUUCGCACCGAUUUUCUCCACCUUCAGUGAAUUUCCAGCAUUCGGAGGUGGUUUUUCUUCCUUUGAUACAGGAUUUACUUCCUUUGGUUCCCUGGGGAAUGGGGGCCUUUCUUCCUUCUCCAUGUCUCGUAGUGGUGGGACGGGCAACUUCAAAUCCAUGUCGACUUCCACCGAAAUCAUUAAUGGCAAGAAGAUCACCACCAAGAGAAUCAUUGAGAAUGGCCAAGAAAGGAUAGAGGUGGAAGAAGACGGAGAGUUAAAGUCCAUGACAAUAAAUGGCAAAGAGCAGUUGCUACGCCUUGACACCAAGUGA